AAUGAGCGUACUACUGCGCAGUCUGAUAGAGCUACUCAGCCGGAGUUGAAGGGUUGGUUGAACGUGGGGGGACACCAAGUGAGACUUUAUUGGGGCUACCCCCAGGAGGACAGACCUCUCGACGAGGACUCCUUCCUCCACAAUCCCCCCAUACCCGCCACCUGCUCCAUCCUCGCAAGACUACUCCCACACUCAGAGCGACUCCAGCCAAUGCCCGAUUACCAAACUGGCUACUAUAAGUCAGCUACAUGUGAGCCGAACGAAUCCGACGUGAGGGUACUGAGUCACUACCUUCGUCACGACCAGUACCCGAGAACCGUCCGAGAGGGAAUCGUGCAGUACAAGAAGGUCGAACUAGCUGUAAACCAGAAUUUAGACCCGACUACGUUCAUCAAGAGCGAGUUGCCCCCACCCCCGCCCGAGGAAGAGGCCCCGAAUGAAGAAGGGGAGACUAAUAGGGACACGAUGGGUGCCCAGACGAAACGAGCACCGGCAUCGCGUAUUUCAACAGUGACUUCUUUUGUGGGUGAUGAUGAUUUUGUGAACUACGUGGCCGAGAAAUUGGACCGAAAACAACUUCCCUCAAACCAGGCCACCCCCAACUUCGUCAAUCUUCAGGACUGUCUGGAUUAUGACCUCGGAUCGGGAAUGUUUGUCAAGGUCGAGCAGGCAUUCGGACUGCUAUCAAACAACUUGUACUGCAGUUGCUUUGUGCGCAUCAACCAGGGUAACAAGACGGCGGCGUGGGGCAAGUCGGCCGAGGGAUUCGGGAGCGAGUACAAGUUCAUCGUGAACAGACACGACUACCAGUCUCUUCAGGCAUCGCCCAGAUGGACAGACAAAGCAUAUAAAGUGAAUCCCUACUACGAUGUCAAUUCCUGCAUCCUGGUGCAAGUCCUCGCGAUGGACGCCAAGUACGUCGGAGAUCCGGAAGUGACCAAACCUGGACUCGUUUUCCCCCCAGAGGGCAAAGAGACUCUGACUCUGCUGCCUGAACACCGGAUGGGCUGGACGGCCCUCAAUCUGUUCAAACGCAACUCAGUCAACGCCGGAGUUCAUUUUCUACCUGUGUUCGAUGAACAGCCUUCGCCGGAGUUUGUGCGGGACGUGAUGCAGAUGCCUGUGGUGGAUGCGAUGAUAAAGGCCAUCAAAGAGGGAACCCAAAAACUAAGCAGACUGGCUGCUUCUAUUACCAUCAAACUAUAUGACGGCAACUUCGUUAACGAAUCGGAUUCAUAUCCCCUAGCAGAGGAGAGAAGUUUACUGAAGAAGAUAGCGACCGCUGGCAAAAUAAGCCAGAAGAGGUUUCUGGAGACUCGCGAAGUGUCAGUUGGUAAGAGCUAUUCUGCCCUGGUGCUGGCCACGAUGCAGAGUAAGUACCAGAAGAGGGGGGCACAGGGGGAGAAAUACAAGAAGGCGGAACACUACUACGAGAUGGCCAUGUCAGACACCUUCUUCAAUUUACUCGAAGAUCAGAUGAUGGAGGCUGCGAUGAGUCCUUUUGACAAGCCGAUGGCUGAGGACCAAUUCGACCCACAGUCACUCUUCUACGAUUUCGGCUAAAUUAUCUCAAGUCUAUUAUAGAAAAAAAACUGUGCUAGUAGCAAAACAAGCCAUACAUUAAAAAACGACUAUUUCCACUUUCCCACCACAUUUCGAAAUUUCCAAUCUCAGUUGUUUUACGUGUUCUAAUGGCUAAAUUUGC